ACACUGAUAUUAAGCGAUAUUAUUACCUGAUUUGUACACAAUUAAUGGUAAUUCUAAAAAAAGAAAAAGACAACAGAAAUUAGUUAGCAAACAAAAGAGAAGAGGAGCUCCAUUUCCGUUUUUGUUUCCCUCUCCUACAAAGAUCAUUACUUUCUCUCUCUCUCAAAUUCUUUCUGCAAUUCUCACAUUUCUAUGAUUUGAUUAGAUUAUGAAUGGAACGAUAAGGGGAGGCACAUUCUUUGAAUUUUGGAUAUAGUGUGUGAUUUUUGAACAAGAAUGUCCUCCAAUAAGGGUGAUCAGCAUCAAACUGUUCCACUUUCUGUGCUCCUUAAACGGGAGUCGGAUCAUGACAAGGUUGACAAGCUCGAGAUUUCGUAUGGUCAGGCUAAUCACAGCAAGAAAGGCGAGGACUUUACGUUUUGGAAGACUGAAUGUGAACAUGUGCUAGGAGAUGAUGUUACCACAUUUCAUGUGUUUGCACUAUUUGAUGGGCACAAUGGGUCUGCAGCUGCUAUAUACAGUAAGGAGAAUCUCCUAAAUAAUGUCUUGAGUGCUAUUCCGCCAGAUCUUAAUAGGGAAGAAUGGGUUGCAGCACUGCCAAGGGCUUUGGUUGCAGGGUUUGUCAAAACAGAUAAGGAGUUGCAAGAAAAAGCGCAAACUUCAGGAACAACUGUUACCUUUGUGAUAAUCGAAGGACUGAUUGUAAGUGUAGCAUCAGUUGGUGAUUCCCGGUGCAUCCUUGAAUCUUCAGAAGGGGAUAUUUAUUAUCUGUCAGCAGAUCAUAGACUUGAAACCAAUGAAGAAGAGAGGGAACGUAUCACUGCAUGUGGUGGCGAGGUUGGUCGACUUAAUACUGGUGGUGGUACUCAGAUUGGUCCAUUAAGAUGCUGGCCAGGUGGCUUGUGCCUAUCACGAUCUAUUGGUGAUAUGGAUGUUGGCGAGUUCAUUGUUCCUGUUCCUCAUGUAAAGCAAGUGAAGCUCUCCACAAGUGGUGGCAGGCUUGUUAUAUCAAGUGAUGGUGUCUGGGAUGCUUUGAGUGCUGAAGCGGCACUUGAUUGUUGUCGUGGAAUGCCGCCAGAUGCUGCAGCUUCACAAAUAGUUAAAGACGCUGUUGGGUAUAAGGGACUUCGAGAUGAUACAACCUGCAUUGUGAUAGAUUUACAGCCCCCAGAGAAGUCAAGUCCUCCUAUGCCAGCACGGCCAAAGAAGCAAGGAAUGAAUGUUUUCAAGUCCAUGUUGAAAAAAAAGAGUUCUGAGCCAUCUUCAGCUCCUGAGGAUCAGUACAGUGAACCUGAUGUGGUCGAGGAAUUGGUAGAAGAAGGAUCUGCAAAUCUUUCUGAAAGGCUGGAUACAAAAUACCCAAUUUGCAACAUGUUUAAGUUGUUCAUAUGUGCCGUUUGUCAAGUGGAGAUGAAACCUGGAGAGGGAAUAUCAAUACAUGCUGGACCUGAAAAUUCAAAGAAAUUACGGCCCUGGGAUGGUCCUUUUCUUUGCGCAAGUUGCCAAGAGAAGAAAGAAGCUAUGGAAGGAAAAAGACCCUCUGGAGAUUCUAGAUACAGUAGUGGAAGCGAAUAGCCAAACCCGACCAAAUAUACAUUACACAAAGAACUAACCAUUGUCUGAAGCUAAAUUGUAAAGGAAAAGCGAAGUAGAAGAAGUCUUCCUCGGUUUCUUGCAAGGAAUUCAAUUUGUAAAAACUUUGGAAUAGUGAGAAUCUUCGCUGCGCUUGAUACAUAUAGUCAGCAGUCAGGAAUAGGGUUGCCUAUUGUAGUUAAGAUUAAUUUUGAUCGCUGUUGAUAGAUCAGGUAGGCCUGUCUCAAUUUGAGAAUGCCAGGCUAACUAAGUACUAGUUCACAAGAACAAGUUGAAAAACGAAACAUUGUUUGUGUCUAAUUAUGUUCCAUAUAGUAUAUUAGCCCUUCACCCUCACAUUCCAACAGUGUAACUCAAUUCUCUGUGUAAUGCUGUGAGGUAGUUUAUCUCAGCUCUCAGUUCUGAUGAAAGUUCUUCAUGUAAAAUUAUAAUGUAAGAGAUACUAGAGAAAAUCAGUGAUAAUUUAUAAAAUC